CGCAGCAGACUUGGCAGUGGGACAGCAGGGCGGGCCAGGCAGCGACUGCACUUGCUGCGUCUCGUCCAUUGUGGUCUCCGAGGGGGGGAGGGGGGAGUUGUUUGUUUGUUUUCUUGUUUAGGCUCUUUGUCUCUUUUGUUCCAAGUACUGACUUUGCUUCUUUCCCAGACCCUGGGCUGAUGGAAGAGCUUUAUGGAUUUUUCUUAAAGAGACAGGAUUAGCUAGUGUCCUAGUAUUGGCCGUUUCUCAGUCUUAACCAGUUCCUGCCUAAGUGACUGUUUUCUUCAUUUUUUUUAAAGGAUUAUACUAAGAAUGGAGAGACAGUGUUUAUGCUGCUUUUUGUGAUAGUAAGAAUGAACCGGUCAAUUUCACCCUCCCCACUAAAGCUCUUCCUAUGGGGUUGCCAAUACUGCAGGAGGGGAAAGAGAAAACACAAAAAGGAGAAGAAAAUCCUACAAACAACAGUAAUGGGGAACAUACAAAAAUAAUUCUAAACACAUUGGUAAAUGUUCUACUUUAAAAAAAAAUAACAACAACUAAGCACCAAGAUUUGAAAUAUGAACUUGAAGUUGUUAAUAAGCAGAAGAGGGGCUUUGAAGGAAGAAGGACGGCUCCUCAUCCCUCCGGUGACACUGCCAAGGCACUGCCCCGUCUCUUGGUGUCACACCGGGGCUUUUCUCAGGCUCCAUCCCAGAAGAUAAACGGCACAGCCAGCAGGCUCUGGGUCACUCCCCAGCCCCUCCUUGGCCUUCCUGAAAGGAAAUGACCGUCCACAUGCUGGGGCAGCUAGGUGUCACCACGCUGAGCGCAGAGCUGCUUGCUAUUCACUUGAGGAGAGGCAGGGGAAAGGGGUGUCCCUCAAGCCUUUCACUUCUUUGUUUCCAGAGAGACUUCUAGCUUCCUGUCCCAGUAAUGGAACUAGGUUUUGGUCUACAGCAGACAGCUUCUGAAGGAAAUGAAAUUUUAAAACACUCCCAAAUUCGUCUAAGUUGGGUUUUCAAUACCUCUCUAGUCCUCAGCCAGCCCUUUUCUUAAUCUUACCUUCCUCCUCUCCUCUCCUGCCUUAAAAUCUCCCAGUGAAAUCUCGGGUGCCAGAGAUGAAAAACAAAUAAAUACAGCCCUAGGACUAUGGAAAGGUCUGCAAGACAGAACUGGAAAGAACUCCUCCCUUCACUCAUGGGUGAAAAUGAAGCUCUCUACUGGCCUCUAUCAGAGAAGCUAAAAAUUUCCCUCUUUCCUGCAAGUCUCCCAAAUCCCAUGACUCUGAUUUCCAGCAUCUUUCAUGAUGGCAGAGAGUGCAGUCUGAAGAUUUCCACGGGACCUUCUCAUCUAUGGCCACCUUGCAGAGCGUCACCUACAUUGCCAUAUCUAAAGCCCAUUAAAAUUUACAAAUUAAAAGCCAGUGGGAAAGAACAUAAUCUUGGCAACUGCCUCUUGGGAAAUCUUACAACUGCAAGAGUGCCAUGGAAGAGUGCUUUAAAUACCAUCGUGGUUCAUCCAAUCUCCUCACAAUUGUAUAGGAGGGCAUGUGGCCAAGGCCUUGCAGGGAAGAGACCAGGGUGCCCAAGCUCGUGAUUGGCUGGGGGCGAGUGAUGCUAAGCGAGCCACUUAGCCCACUCUUGCUUCAUGAGGAGCACGCCACAUGCUUCUUUGCACAUUCUUUUAAAUCCUCGUGUGGCUGGCAUUUGGAAAAAUAUCGACUGCAACCAGACGUGGCAAUCCUGAUGACAGCUCUUGAAAUCCCAUCUUUCUCACAGCAACAUCUACUGUCAGCUCCCCACCCCUGUCACUAGAGAGCCUUCCCCACCCAAGUUGUGCUCCAAAUAGAAAGAAUUUCAGAUGUACUUGUUCGGCUGCCUCCUCUAAAGGCCUUGACAAAUACUCAGGUGGUAAAUAGCCGGAGAGAAAUGCUGCUGAUAAAAUUAGUUCAAAUAUUUCACAGAAAACAAACCUGACACCAUCAUGACACUUGAUAGCUCAGCACUUCCGAACCUUUCCAAGCCCUCUUGCCUUCAAAGCCCAAAUGUCUUGUUUUAAAUUGCCUUUAUUAUUUUCCCUUUCCAAAGCCCAUCCUUGCCACCUCCUUCCUUCAAAAAAUAAAAUAAAAAAGAACCAGAUGGUUAUAGGAUUGUCUACCCCAGAAUUUUAGAUUACAAAUAACUGUGUUGAAGGUUAAUAUCCAAGGUCAGGUGUUAUUAAUAUCUAUUUGAAUUUUGUUCUUCGGGACUAUGAUAUCAUCUGAGUCACCUCAUUGAUUUAUAACAUGGUAAUCCCAGACCAUCAUUCAUAUUCCUGAAAUUCUAUUCAGGGCUCAGUAUCAAACCCUCUCUUUAAUACCCUAUUUGGUUUUGUCUGAUCAGUAACCUUACAGCCCUUCCUCUUAUCUCCUCCCCACAGGUAACACUAUACCUGCUGUCCAAGAUCAUUUGAUUGAUUUUUUUCCCCUGCCAUCUCCUUUUCCUACAUUUUAUUGCAGAAAAAGAUUUAACCCCUUUCUUUUCUUUUUUUUUUUGAGAAGUAUUUCCAUGAGAUUUCUCUCCCCAAAGCCUGUUCUCCACUUCAAUUUUCUGGUAAAUGGCCUCUUGAAGUUACACAGGGCUGCUAACUUGUCUGUAUCCCAUAUGAGGCAUCUAUUUUCUCCUAUGUAGCUGAAAGUCUUGGGCUCAAACCGCCAGCAGGAGCUGACAAUCCUCAGGACUUACUAUGCACAUGCCACGCAAAGGGCUACAAUUCUCACCUAAUCUUCACAAUAAUUCUACGGGGUAGCUGCCAUUAUUUUCCUCACUCAGCAGAUGAGGAAAUCGAGGUUCAGGAAGGUUUCAGAAACUUACCCAGGGUCAUCCAGUAAUAAGUACUAAACUUGGGAACUAAGAUUUCAGUCUUCUGUUUCUGAAGAUUGUGCCUAUUAUUACUUUAUAGCUACUUUCCACUAAUUAUGAGGACUAUAACUGAUGGGCAGUUUACACAAUACAAUUAUUAUACAAAAGCGGGCUCGGUGAUCUUUGCAAAACACGUAUUAACACUAAAAUUAUAUCAGCAUCUGGUAUACUUAAAAACUUUUUUUGGUACAUCUGAAAAUAAAAUUUAUUUUUUUUUAACCAUUUGCAGAGUAGCAUGUGGUGAUACAGAAAGUCCUUAAUUAGAGGAGGGAAAAACCAUCAAUCUCUUUAGCAACUCAAAGACCACUAUAGUUAACACCUUAAUAGAUAUUUCUUGCCAUUUUUCUAUGCAUAGUUUAUAUAUUUGUGAUCUUCUGUAUACAUAAAUUUGAAUCCUGUAUUUCUUCAUCAGUAUCAUAAUAAUCAUUUCCCCAGAGGUAUUUCCUAACUUUUCGGUUGCCAUAGUUCCCUAACUGCAGUCAGAGACAUAGUAAGAUCCUGAUAACACAUGCUGAAUCAUAAGAUAAAAUCUAGUCAUUCAUUAUUUUUAAGUCUUCAUUGAAUUUGUUACAUAAUUCAUUCUCUUU